UCGGGCCCCGUCUGGGGCCUAUGAGGAGCGGCCCCGUGCACCGGAAGGGGCGUGGCCUGGGCCGGAAGCGCCCCUUCCGUCUCCGUUGCCCGCCUGUUCCCUCCCGGCUGGUUGGUUGGCCGCGGCCAGGCCUCGCCUCGUCCUCGCUCUCCGUCCGUCGCUCGCUCCCCCCCGCCGCCAUGUCGCCGGUGCGGGCCGUGCUGGCGCUGCUGGCCGCGCUCUGGGCCCCGGCGGCCGGCUACUUCGUCAGCAUCGACGCGCACGCCGAGGAGUGUUUCCUCGAGAGGGUCCCCUCAGGCACCAAGAUGGGCCUCAUCUUCGAGGUGGCCGAGGGAGGCUUCCUCGACAUCGACGUCGAGAUCACAGGCCCUGAUAACAAAGGCAUUCACAAAGGCGACAGAGAAUCCAGCGGAAAAUACACCUUCGCAGCUCACAUGGACGGAACGUAUAAGUUCUGCUUCAGCAACAAAAUGUCUACCAUGACGCCAAAGAUAGUGAUGUUCACUAUCGACAUUGGGGAAGCUCCCAAGGGACAGGACAUGGAGACAGAAGCUCACCAGAACAAGCUAGAAGAGAUGAUUAACGAAUUAGCAGUGGCCAUGACAGCCGUCAAACACGAACAGGAAUACAUGGAAGUUCGCGAAAGAGUACAUCGAGCGAUUAACGACAACACAAAUAGCAGAGUGGUCCUCUGGUCGUUCUUCGAAGCCCUCGUACUAGUUGCCAUGACACUGGGACAGAUCUACUACCUGAAGAGGUUUUUUGAAGUCCGGAGAGUGGUUUAAUCAAACUUGGCUCCCAGCCCCCAUUCUGGUGACCCAAGACUGUUCGCUCUUUUACCAAACAACUUUGUUGCAAAAAUCACGUAGUUUCCUUUAUCCCCGCCGCAUCUUGAACGAUAAAACUUUUUUGAGUUUAAUGUCUUCUUAGCUUAAUUCUGGGUUUCUUUGGUUUUUUUUGUUUUUUUUUUUGGUGGUUGUUUUCUUUUUGUUUUGAUAUGAGGCGAUAACCUGCCGUGAGUUAUUUUCUGAAAUUGGACGGUUUUGUUUCUUGCAAGCCAAAAUGAGUUGAACCAAAACGACAGACGUUAGUUGGAAAACAGCACCCUUGUUCAUCUUAAUUCUUGGGGGGCGUGGGGUGUUCUUCCUCUCUUUCUUUUGCUUUCUCGGUUUUUUUUUUUUUUUUGUAGCAAAUUGCUGACAUUUUGUCUAGGAGAAAGGGUACAGGGCUUUUUUCAUAAUACAGACCUGUGGGGAAGAUUCUCUAACUCAGUCAGUGGGUUCCCUCUCUACAGGAGAACAGUCCUGUCAGUGGGUUCUUCUCUCUACAGGAGAACAGUUAAUGGUGUACCCCAAUCCUAGCAGCUCGUCCCCCAAAAGGCACUACGCCGAGGAAGAAACGAACACGCUACUGUUCAGACAUACACAAAACUAGGAACGGGUGCAGUUAAGCUACGCUUAAGUGGCUUCUGUAAAAUCCUCAAUAUCUUUAUGGUGGCUCCACCGAUUCAUUCCUUGAGAUUUUAAGUUAAGCGAAGUUAAGUUAGCCCUGUUCCACGUAGCCUUUGCUUUCCAACCGGGGAGCUGGCAAUUAUUGUUGGGGAUUUGUGUCUUCCCCUUCCAGCUGAUACUUCCAAAGCUGCUGCUCUCUGUAGUACUAGAGUAGAAACAUAUCCCUGCUUUUUUGAGCGAAGUGGGGCAGAAGGUUUCUACAGUACAGCACUGGGCCACUUGGUCAUGGCAGCCUCGGACGGGGAAUGGUUUUUCUCCUUCGCCGAGAGAAACAAAAACAGAAAAAAAACACGCCACUUUUCUUGGUUGAUGAAUCUUCCCCAGAGGCUAUUCGCAUACUGAACCGGUGCGCUUUUCCCCCCCUUCAAGUUACGACUGCAACUCCAUACAUUUUCUUUCCAGCUUUCCUCGCUGCCCUGCUCUUCCAAGGCACAGGAGCCUCUCUCUCUCUCUCUCAAGGAAGGCAUCUUUGCUCCGAAAUUUGGCCGCCAUCUUAUUUUCUGCUUGUUCUCUUUUUCACGCAUCGACAUUAGUUUUUAUAGAAUUGAGGUGUUUUUUGGUUUUUUUCCCCCCCUUUCGUUCUUCUUUACUUAUCCAGAUGAUGGAAUUAACAAUCACCACAU